CAAGCAGUAGUGGACUGCCAGGCGAGAGGGAGGCAUCCUGCACUUGGCCCUCCUGGGGAACAGCAGACGUGCUGAGCGCUGGCUGUCCCACCGCCUCCCUCUGUCAGUCAGCUGGGACCCCCCUCCACCAUGGAAGGAAUUAUGGCACCCCAGAUGCCUGACUUGCAGGAGGUGAUCACUGAGUUGAGAGAUGAGAUGACUGGAGCGUACUUCAAAUACAAGGGCAUCAACUUCCCUGUGGGCAUCUACACCCCAGAGACCUUAAGCUACGUUGAGAAGGACUUCAAAGUCAGGGAUGACGACAUCUUCAUUGUCACCUACCCCAAGUCAGGUACCACUUGGAUGAUUGAGAUUCUGAGCCUAAUGCUGAAAGAUGGGGAUCCCUCUUGGUCACGCUCAGUCCCCAUCUGGGAGCGGGCUCCCUGGUGUGAGACCUUCCUGGGCCCCUCAUCCAUCAUGCAGUUGGCUGACCCCCGCCUCAUCAGCUCUCACCUCCCCAUUCAGCUCUUCCCCAAGGACUUCUUCAACUCCAAAGCCAAGGUAAUCUAUGUAAGCCGCAACCCCCGAGAUGUCCUGGUCUCCCUCUACCACUACUCCAAGAUCGCUGGACACCUCAAGGACCCAGGGAGCCUAGACCAAUUGUUGCAGGAUUUUCUCAAUGGAGAAGUACCAUUUGGCUCCUGGUUUGACCACAUAAAGGGAUGGAUGCGAAUGGAGGGAAAGGACAACUUUUUGUUCAUCACUUAUGAAGAACUCCAAGAGGACCUCCGAGGCUGUGUACAGCGCAUCUCUGAAUUCCUGGGCCAUCCGUUGGAGCAGGCGGGCCUGGACUCUGUGGUGGAGAAUUCAACUUUCCCGGCCAUGAAGGAGAACACCAUGUGUAAUUACACAUUGUUGCCCUCCACCCUGUUGGAUCAACGCCAGGGGGCCUUCCUCCGGAAAGGGGUAUGUGGUGACUGGAAGAACCACUUCACUGCCGCACAGUGUGAAGUCUUUGACCAAGCAUACCGGGAGAUGAAGCAGGGCCUGAAGACCACCUUCCCUUGGGACAAAGACCACGGGGACACCAGCCCCGCGCUCUCCCCAGGGGCCUGGGACCUGUAACCCCUGGAAAUAAACACCACACCAGCCCCUGA